AUGUAUGUCCCUGGAUUUGGAGAAGCGUCACCAGAAGCAAAAGCGGCCAAUAAUCUCCAUAGUUUCUUCACUUACAUUGCUGUUAGGAUUGUCACUGCACAACUUGAGGGUGUGACUUUUGUGUAUGUUCGAUCUGCAUAUUGUAAAAAUGAUUUUGAAUGGGACAACUUAAAGCGACUGGCUUGCAAGAUGGUGGAUGAAUCCAACAAAAGAUUCAUGAGAGAUUAUGUUGGAAACAAGUCAUGUGGACAAUGA